AUGCAGACCACCUCUACGAAACUAUUGAUGCCACAAUGUUGGGUGACGCUCCCUGGAAGUGCUUUGUCACCGAUCCUGUCUCCACCGCCACCAACGCUCCCAAAUGGGCUCGGCGUUCCCUACGAAAUAUGGUAUCGCGACCCCGAGGUUGUUAUCAAGAAUCUCCUCGACAAUCCAGACUUCGACGGUCUUUUCGACUACAGGCCAUAUGUGGAGAUCAAUCCAGAGAACAAACGCCGCUGGUCAGACUUCAUGUCCGGAAAUUUUGCCUGGUCUCAUUUAGAUCAGAUUUACAAGGCUGACAAUUCUACCGAAGGGGCAAUGCUCUGCCCGUUAUUCUUUGGAGCAGACAAGACAACAGUGUCCGUUUCAACAGGCAAUGCGGAGUACCACCCUGGGUAUAUGGGACUUGGCGACCGAAAGUACGAUAACGACCCUGCUUUUCGCACUUUCAGGCGCCAACUAUAUCAUGCUUCAUGGGCUGCCGUUCUCUCAUCACUGAAGGCUGGAAUGACAACCCCCGUUGUUCGCCGCUGUCCUGAUGGGCACUUUCGCCGUGUCAUUUAUGACUUUGGUCCCUUUAUUGCGGACUAUCCUGAGCAAGUCCUUCCUGUACAGGGUUGGUGUACAAAAUGCACCGCUCCUGCGCAUAACCUUGAUGGGCCAAUGACAACUGCGCAAACAUAUGAGGGAACAGAAGACAUUAUUGAAGCAUUUGACGGGGAUACCAAGACUCUGUGGGAGAACUAUGGCAUCAACACGGACAUUGUUCCAUUUACGACCGAGUUUCCUUGA